AUGACUUCAAGUAGACCCACCACACAGAAUGGAGCGAGGUCUUCUCCAAGAAGUCCCCACCAGCAACUCCGGUCACUCUCCAGUCACGCCCACAGUCCCACGAGUCUUACGCAGAACACCUUCACCAACGGCACUGAUACCGCAGCCGAAGAAGCAGACUCAUACAUGGCAAUGAUCGACAAAGCCGUGGUGGGAGUUCCACCAGCCCAGCGCUCUACAUGCCCUCACCAUGGGCCCAUCCUAGGGUUGGGCCCUACCGUCGAGCAUUAUGAACAACAACCACACACUACUAUAGGGCGAUACAUGUCGGAGGGUGUAGGAGAACAGCACGCGCUCUUCGUAUGCCAGAAUGGUUCCACGCUCUCGAGCUUGAAGGGAUGUACUUGCGGUCAAGAACUGGAGGCGGCAUACCAGAAGUCUCGUAGCAAUACUCAAGGUGCCACUCAUUCUAUCACGCAACAAUCUCGGAACCUACCCACACACCGACUUCACGACCGCUUCCCCGGUUUCCAAGUCACACCAGCGAUGUACAAGCUCAAAGGCGGCGCAGUCCCGCUCCCACGCUGGAUCCUCGUAUUCCGCCUCUUGCAACUCAUCUUCGCCGUCCUAGUCAUCGCGUUGACGAGCUACUCCAUUUCUAUUAAUAAGGGCGGACCGCUCCGCCCCGGCAUCAUCGCCGUCCUCAUAAUCGCCAUCCUCACCAUCUUCCCCAUCCUGCUCUUCACCACCCCCCUGCAUCUCUCCCAACGCCGACUUUACGACCCUCGCAUCGCGCUGUUCGGGGAAGGGAUCGCGACAUUGUGGUGGCUGGGCGCGUUCGCGGCGCUGGCGACGUAUCAGCGUAUUUUCCACAACUACGCGUAUUUCUAUCAGAACUUCAAGCGGGAUGAGGGGGUGUUGGAGGAGCGGGCGGUUUAUUAUGAUGGGUGGAGAUGUGACGGGGGGCGUUGUCGGAGGGCGUGGAAGACGGGGACGGCGGCGACGGUGUUUGCGGCUUUUGAGUUUCUCCUCUUCUUCUUAACGACUGUGCUCUUCCUCUACUACUACCACGCCCACAUGGCUGGGGUUCCCGUAUCAGGGAUAUCCGGACACCACAAGGGUGGUCUUGAGGCUGGGGCGGUUGGCGCGGGUGUUGGUGCUGGAGCUGGUACGCAUCAUGAGAACCACGCUAUGAACGAAAUGCCUGCGACUACAGGCCCAACAGGCGUGGGUGCUGGUAAUGGCGUGACCGGUCACCACAACGGCCAAUCCAUGGGCCAAUACAACGGCCCAAGCGCUACUGGAACCAACGGCAGCGGUGUUGUUGGGAACGCUGGAGACUAUGGAAGACAUAGUGACAUACCGCAUCCGGAUCGUCCGCCACGUGAGGGCGCGUAUGGCGGGAUGCAGGAGUGA